AUGGCUCCACGACAGAAAAAACCCACCCAUGAUGAUUUGGAGAAGAGGAAAAAGACAAGCUUUUUCAAACAGAGGUUUCCUGGGUUUAAGAAGAAAGCCAUUGAGCUCUCUGUUCUCUCCGGAAACUCUGUCGCUUUCAUCUGUUACGGUCCCGACAACGACAAUCUCCAUGUCUGGCCGGAAAACCCACGAACCCUACAAAAGCUCGUCGCCGAAUUUGAUGGGCAGAGCGAUCUGAAGAGGAAGAAAAAUAGCUGCGAUCUCAAGGACUUCCCACAGUUUGAGGGUUUGUCCGUUGAGGAAUUGAAGACUCAUCUCUCAGACCUCGAGUCUCACUUGGUUGGAGUCACACAGAAAAUAUUAAAAACUCGGAAAAAGACCAUCAAGGCUUCUUCAAAGCAGAAAGAAGCCCGAUCUGGAGAAAUCGGUGUCGGAAUCUCAAAUCCAAAGUUGAAGCCAGAUUUGGAGAAAUCAGUGUCGGAAGAUCAUCUUAAGGUUUCAGAUCAGAAGUUGGAUACUAAAUUAGGGUUUGGUGGCGUUUUUGAUGAAUUAGGUUACGUGGUUCGUGGGUCUACUACGAGUUUGGAAGCAAGUGUUUCCGAUUUCGAACCUAAAUCUUUGGUGGUUCCUAAUGAUGUUAUGGAAGCACAAGACUACGCUCCACUGGAUCCUCUCACAUUAGGGUUUGCCGGUGACGAGUCAGUUCCGGUCACUUAUGACUUGCCUAUGUGGAAUUGGGAUCUGGACUUGUCCUCAACACUUGCCGAUUCUUUUAUGACCAACACUUGCCAAACGCCCAUCACAGAUAAUUGGGGCAAUCUUCAAGGUUUCCAGACCCAACCCUUUAUGUGGGAACCACUUCUAUAA